GCGUCCCGUCCGGGUCCCGAGGAGCCGCCGCCGCCGCCGCCGCCGCCGCCGGCGCCGCCGCCGCCACUCGCCAACAUGGCGGACCUCGAGGCAGUGCUGGCCGAUGUCAGCUACCUGAUGGCGAUGGAGAAGAGCAAGGCGACCCCGGCCGCCCGCGCCAGCAAGAAGAUCGUGCUGCCGGAGCCCAGUAUCCGGAGUGUGAUGCAGAAGUAUCUUCAGGAGAGAAAUGAAAUCACCUUUGACAAGAUUUUUAAUCAGAAAAUUGGUUUCUUGCUAUUUAAAGAUUUUUGUUUGAAUGACAUUAAUGAAGCUGUACCUCAGGUGAAGUUUUAUGAAGAGAAUAAAGAAUACUCAGAUAUUACGAAAGUCAAUGUCACCAUUUGUCUAUCUGUUGAAAACGCUUUGUUCCCAAAAAUAAAAGAAUAUGAGAAGCUUGAGAAUGAGGAAGACCGCCUUUGCAGAAGCCGCCAAAUUUAUGACACUUAUAUCAUGAAGGAGCUGCUGUCUUGCUCACAUCCAUUCUCAAAGCAAGCUGUUGAGCAUGUACAGAGUCACCUAUCCAAGAAACAAGUGACAUCAACUCUUUUCCAGCCCUACAUAGAAGAAAUUUGUGAAAGUCUUCGAGGCAACAUUUUCCAAAAAUUUAUGGAAAGUGACAAGUUCACUCGAUUCUGUCAGUGGAAAAACGUAGAAUUAAAUAUCCAUUUGACCAUGAAUGAUUUCAGCGUACACAGGAUCAUUGGACGAGGAGGAUUUGGUGAAGUGUACGGUUGCAGGAAAGCAGACACUGGAAAAAUGUAUGCAAUGAAAUGCUUGGAUAAGAAGAGGAUCAAGAUGAAACAAGGAGAAACAUUAGCCUUAAAUGAGAGGAUUAUGUUGUCUCUUGUGAGUACAGGGGACUGCCCUUUCAUUGUCUGUAUGACCUAUGCCUUCCAUACUCCAGAUAAACUCUGCUUCAUCUUGGAUCUGAUGAACGGGGGCGAUUUGCACUAUCACCUUUCACAACAUGGGGUGUUUUCUGAGAAGGAGAUGCGGUUUUACGCCACUGAAAUCAUCCUGGGCCUGGAACACAUGCACAAUCGGUUUGUGGUUUACAGAGAUCUGAAGCCCGCAAAUAUCCUCCUGGAUGAGCACGGACACGUCAGGAUAUCCGAUCUCGGUCUCGCCUGUGACUUUUCCAAAAAGAAGCCCCAUGCGAGUGUUGGCACCCAUGGGUACAUGGCCCCCGAGGUGCUGCAGAAGGGGACAGCGUAUGACAGCAGUGCCGACUGGUUCUCCCUGGGUUGCAUGCUUUUCAAGCUUCUGCGAGGGCACAGCCCUUUCAGACAACACAAAACCAAAGACAAGCAUGAGAUAGACCGAAUGACCCUCACCGUGAACGUGGAACUCCCAGAGGCCUUCUCGCCGGAACUGCGGUCCCUCCUAGAAGGCCUGCUCCAGAGAGAUGCCAGUAAGCGGCUCGGCUGCCACGGAGGCGGGGCACAAGAAGUAAAGGAACACAUCUUUUUCAAAGGCAUCGACUGGCAGCAAGUCUACUUACAGAAGUACCCUCCACCCUUGAUUCCUCCCCGGGGAGAAGUCAAUGCUGCUGACGCCUUUGACAUUGGCUCAUUUGAUGAAGAGGAUACCAAGGGCAUCAAGCUUCUUGAUUGCGACCAAGAUCUCUACAAGAACUUCCCCUUGCUGAUCUCGGAGCGCUGGCAGCAGGAAGUGGCAGAAACAGUUUAUGAUGCAGUGAAUGCGGACACGGAUAAAAUCGAGGCCAGAAAGAGAGCUAAAAAUAAGCAGCUUGGACACGAAGAAGAUUACGCUCUGGGAAAGGACUGUAUCAUGCACGGGUACAUGCUGAAGCUGGGGAACCCGUUCCUGACUCAGUGGCAGCGUCGGUAUUUUUACCUCUUUCCAAACAGACUUGAAUGGAGAGGAGAGGGAGAGUCCCGGCAAAAUUUACUGACAAUGGAACAGAUUCUGUCUGUGGAAGAAACUCAGAUUAAAGACAAAAAGUGCAUUUUGUUGAGGAUAAAAGGAGGCAAGCAAUUUGUCUUGCAAUGUGAGAGCGACCCUGAGUUUGUGCAGUGGAAGAAGGAGCUGACUGAGACAUUUAUGGAGGCUCAGCGACUCCUGCGCCGUGCCCCCAAGUUCCUCAACAAGUCCCGGUCCAGCGUGGUUGAGCUCUCCAAGCCUCCCCUCUGUCACAGGAAUAGCAAUGGCCUCUGACACCCGGGACAGGAGGGUCCUGGGGAGACGGGGCCUCGAGGAAGCCUGUACCGGGGGUUUUCUGCCCUUGAGAGGGAGUCUUUUGGAGAAGUCCGGGGGUCAGAGGUUCGGUCCACUUGUCCCUGGGGCCCUUCCACGGCUGGGACGACCCAGGACGCCAAGGUGCUCCUAAUAGGAGCUGUGACCGUGGUCCGGCCCAGGCCGGCCUCCCUGCCCUUCUGAGUGCCUCCUGCGCAUGACAUCUGUCCACGCUCAAAACUACUGAAGAAACAAACGAAAGUUCUUUCCCUUUCUUACACACCCGUUUGGGUAGACGUGAACCUAGAACUUGAAAUGAUUCCUCCUUAUCACUUCAGUUUGUAUGUCUGAUAGCAAACAUAUCUUAGACUUGCCAAGACGGAGUGCAGCCCUCUGCAGCGGCGGGUGCCAGAUGGCCCGAGCGCUGCCCUGUGUCCUCUGCUGGGCUCACACGUGUCUGCUCCACGCUCCUGGGGGUCAGCACACGUUUCUGCCGUGCACUUCAGCACCGACCGACUUCUUGAUGCCCCGCCUGGCGAGCUGAAGAUGCUUUCUGAGAAGCUUGCCCUUCCCGCCAGGUGUGCGGCACCACCCAGGUACCUGCCUGCCUCUGACAGGGAACAGAGGGAGCGUGCCCUCAGAGGACUUGGGAGUCGCUCAUGACUGACGGCGUUCAACAUUGGACCAUUGGAAGGCUUCACAGGGAUUCCGAAGGACAGGCAGUGGGGUUUUAACUUUCAGGGCAACAGCGGUUUUCAAAAAUCUUCAAAUAAAUCGCACUUUCACGUGUCUGGGUGCGCACGGACGCUUGGGGGUGAGUCUGUCUUGGGCUCCAACAAUAAGCAGUUAUAGGACAGGGUCAUUCUGGUUCCUUCUGCCUGCCCUCGGAACACAUAUCCGUAAUGGAUGUGUAAAGGAAGGAAAGAAUUCCUCUGUUUCACAUUGUAGUAUAAUUUAAAAUGAAUUUUAUUGACAAAAGAAUGCUGAAGAAUGAAUGUGUUGAAAUGAGUUAACUGUGUUUGUUGACUUCCGUGUCAGCCUUCACCUGUCAUUAGUGAAUGGUACUUGGCCCCGGGUGGGUUGUCCCACGCGGUGACAGCAGUGGGGCGGGAAGGCUUGUUGCCUAAUCCCAGGGGCUUCUCUUCUCCCCCAUGGUUCCCCCACGAUGCGUUCUGUGCCCUUUUCACGCCCCAAAUAAAUGCUGGGCUGUGCUGGGCUAUAUGAACAGUGUGUUUCCCAGUGAAGUCCUGUCACCAGACUGAAAAUAAUAACAAUAAUUUUUGAAGUCCA